AACAGGAAGAGAGCAUACAGUCACGACGCAGCCGACGAUCUCCACGUGGACGGACGGCCGCACUACCACCACCUCCGCCGCCAUGUCGCGCCCGCGCUUUUCCUGCAAGCCCAGCGACAUCAAGCAGGCCAUCCGCAACAACCUGCUGCCCAUCCUCACCAUCUCGGGCGUCACGGGGGGCAUCGUCCUCGGCCUUAUCCUCAGGUACUCCCGCAGCGAGCGAUGGACGAAGCGCGAGGUGAUGUACGUGGGCUACGUCGGGGAGCUGUUCCUGCGCGCGCUCAAGGCCCUCAUCAUCCCCCUCAUCGUCUCUUCGCUCGUGUCGGCCAUCGGCUCGCUGGACCUGUCGCUGUCUAAGAAGAUCGGGCUGCGCGCCAUCGCCUACUACCUGACGACGACCGUGUCGGCCGUGAUCCUGGGCAUCAUCCUGGUGGUGAGCAUCCACCCGGGCAAAGGCAACGACGACGACAUCACCAAGGCGGGCGAGGCCAAGGCCUCUUACACCCCGGACCUGCUCAUGGACCUGCCCAG